AACAUUAGUGACAGUAUACGAUUAUUUGAGGUCAAAGGACAAGUAAACCUGAGCAUUAUAUGUAUCAUGUCUAACAAAGGAGAGAGGAAAUUAUUUACUUAUGGACCAAUUACAAAAAAAGAUGAAGUUAUUAACGUCGCCUUACCAGGAGGCAAAGAGUCCGAGUAUCUCCUUACAGAUGAAUAUGAGACAAGAAUAAUUGAUAGAAAGGUUGGAUUUUAUCCUGAUCCGAGGGUCUUAAUUCCACAAACUCAAAACAUGGACGUUUAUGAUGAUGAUAUCUUUGUAUGUGCAUACCCCAAAUGUGGAACCCAUUGGGUGUGGGAAAUGUGCCAGAUGUUGGUAAAAGGCGAGGCUGAAUACCAUCAAAAAGCUAAAGAAUCUUGUAUGAUGGAAUUUCAUCUGCCGGAAGAUUACAAUGAUCUACAGAGGCCAAGAAUAUUCAAUACUCAUUUUACACCAAGAUGUUUACCAAAGAAAAUCAGUGAUACAAAGUGUAAAAUUAUCUUGAUUCUUCGUAAUCCUAAAGACAUAAUCACAUCAUUGUACCAUCAUAUACUUGUGACGAAAUCGAUGGAUCAGAAUUUUGAUUUUUCCCAAUUUUUGCAGUACACUUUUGAAAAUGAUCGUAGUGUUGGUUCAAAUUGGUUCUUCUACAAUAAGAGAUGGUCAGAAUUCGUGUCAUCUACAGACCAGCCUGUGCUAAUACUCAACUACGAAGAUCUAAAAACGAACAUUAUUGAAUGUUUAUCAGAGAUUGGACAGUUUAUUGGUUAUCCAAGGGAUAUAGAGUUACUACAAGAAAUAGAGGACAAAUGUACCGUAAGCAAAAUGCGGGAAAUAGAAAAAAGACGAGAUAGUGGAACAGAGGUAUCGACUGGUGAAAGGAUUUCUAAUUUAUAUAGAAAAGGGGUAAUCGGAGACUGGAAAAACCACUUUACAGUUGCUGAUAAUGAAAGGUUUGAUGCUUUUCUGAAGGAAAACAUGGAGGAAAAACACUCUUUGUACACUUUUAAACAAAAUUAAACGUUUACUUAUUACUUAUACAUGUUAUUACCAUAUAUCAUUAGCGUGUCUUUUUUAUCGAACAAAGUUUGAAAAAAUUGUCGUAACCGAUAAGAAGCCGUGGUAAAAAGUCAGAUUUCGGGAGUCAAUGUGAGGAAAAUACUAUACAAAAGUUUCUUAAGUAAAUAAUAGGUUUUCGUAAGAAUAAAUGGGUUCUCUUGAAUUUAAUUGGUUAAAUAUUCAUCAACGAUUUCAUUGCCAAGACAGCAUAAAAAUCAUGGCAGUAUGAAGCCUGGUAUUUUGACUCACAUGGAUAGUUUAAUGUUUUAUAUUAUUUAUCAUUGCUUCAUAUCAUUAUUAGAAUAAUUUAAACUUCGAGUUGAAAUCAUAAGUUUCCUUUGAGUUACAAUAUUGGAUUUGUUAUACAUAUUGUAGAUAACAAAACUCAACGCGAAUAAUUACUUUACCUUAAUCAGGGCCUAAUCUAGGAUUUUGAAGAGGGAGAAGUGACUUCUCCUUCCAUGAGAGAGAAGGGAGAAGUGGUCAACUUCUUGGAGAAGUGAGAUUCCAUUACCGUUUCGGUUGCAUCGUGUUUUCAAGCUUAUCACUAAGGAAAUUGUUUUAUAUUCAAUAAAAGAUGUACUUGCAGUUUUUUCAUAUGUUAUUGUACACAAUGUAUAUAUAGAAAGUUCUUAAUAAAAAGGUUUAGACAAUAUA